CUCCAAUAACGUGUUACAGAAUCGUACCACUGGGUUCUUAGGUGCAUAGAUACUUCACUGAGAAGCGACAGUUAUGUUCGCGUCCAGUCCAGAGCGACAUUCGAUUGGUCGAUUAUCUUUCGACUUUUCCAUCACUGAUUUGGAGGUUUGAUGCACGUGCGGUUCGAGUAUACAUAACCUGUUGUAUGCGAAAUGUUAAUAAGUUUACCGUAAAUGUUUAUAAUGAAAAAUGGCUAGCGUAAAUGUUCUCGAUAGUGUAAUUUCUACACUCGAUAAUGUUGGAACUUUGAAACAUUUACAAACUGAACAAAAUGUACUGGACCUGAAGAAUACUACAAAACAUCUUUAUGAUUUCACUAAGAAGCAGUCUUCCAGGAAAUCUGAUGCAUUGCCUGAAUUAAUUACAGAAGGUUUUGAUGAAGAGCAAAUUUGGCAACAACUGGAGUUGCAAAACGAAUGCGAAUUAACACAUUUUUCAGAGAGUAUUUCAAAAAUUUUGACUAGUAACAAGCUUAUAGUUCCAGUGUCUUCUACAAAACCUGAGCCAACCUCAAUACAACCUGAGGAUAAUUUAAAUGAAGAGGGCGAAAGCCUAUCUGAUGAUAAAGAAUCAGAAGAUGAAAAUAUAAAAACAAAAAGCAUUUUAAAGAAAAGGAAACGUGAAACAAAGAAGAAGAAGAAAUCCUCUAUUGUGGAUGACAAAUUUUUUAGGUUGCAAGAAUUGAACGAGUAUCUAACUAAAGAAGAGAAAAUAGAAAAGCAAGGAAAGAAGGAUGCUGAAUCUGAUGAUGAAUCAGUAGAUUUAUUUAAUGACUUUUCCGAAGAUGAAGGCAACAAGAAUAUCCAAGGGAAGUAUUUGAAAUAUGUAGAUUUUUUUGACAGUCCUGCUUCAAGUGAGGAAUCUGGGGAGGAAAAGUCAGAUGAUGACAAUGAAGGCCAAAGAUCAAACAGUGAGGAUGAAGGGACGGGCGAUGAUGAAGAGGAGGAAGAUGAACAUGUAUCCUCGAGCAAAAGGGUGAAAUUCAAUCUCAUCAACGACUCAGACGAGACAGACAGCUUGGAGAACAAAAUGGAACAGAAGAAAAAGGACAAAGAAGAAAUGGAACCAAAAUCUUCUCUGGAGACUCGUCAGGAGAGGCUGCGGACAAGGAUUCAGGAGUUGGAGGAAGAAGCUAUCAGCGAGAAGCCGUGGCAAUUGAAGGGUGAAGUGAGCGGUCCUAAUCGUCCGCAAAAUUCCUUGCUGGAGGAGUUUGUGGAAUUUGAUGUAUCCACGAGGCCUGCUCCCGUGAUCACCGAGGAGACCACGAUGAAGCUGGAAGACGUAAUCAUGCAGCGGAUCAAGGACAAGGCCUGGGAUGACGUUGAGAAGAAGUUCAAGCCAGUCGAGACCCCACUGGAAUACAAGAAGAAGCUGGUUCUGAAUCAGGAGAAGAGCAAGGAGAGCCUGUCGCAAAUCUACGAGAACGAGUACUUGAAGCAGAAACAAGCAUUGUAUUCAGACGAUGACGAGAAAGAGGAACCGGUACCGGAGUUGCACCACGAAAUUCGAAGAGAUAUGCGUAGUCUGAUGGCAAAGUUGGAUGCGUUGUCGAAUUAUCAUUAUACUCCCAAGCGGGUUAAACCCGAAGUGAAGAUCAUUAGCAACGUAUCAGCUGUGAAUAUGGAGGAAGUGGCGCCGGUCGCGACUAGCGAUGCUGCUAUGUUAGCACCGGAAGAAAUCAAAGCUAAACCGCGUGGCGAAGUCAUCGGCAAAUCGGAGAGGACGCAGACGGAUAAGAAGCGCGAGAGGAGGCGAAAGAAAUUGAGGCAACGAAGCAAACAGAAGGCGAUAAAAGAGAAGGAGAAGCUAAGAGCACUGAAACCAGGAGUCGCCAAGAAGCUGAAGAAGGAUAAGGAGUUGGUGAAGAAGCUGACUAAAGACAGAAACAUCACGAAGGCGGACGAGACGAGCCACAAAGUCACCAAGUCUUCCACUGCGUUCUUCACGCGGUUGCAAGACCAGGUGAAGAGCCAAGUGAAAGUGCAGGCCGGUGGCGCAGGCGCGUCGAAGAAGAAGAAGGCUAAGAACGCAGUGUCGGCUGUGAAACUCAAGUUGUAGUUUUCAGGUGUAACUUUUGUACAUAAAGUGUUGUCGCAUUACACACCGCCGAGAUUCAUUCCAUUACAUUUGCGUCAUCUUCGAGUGUCCCGUGUCUUUUGUUUUCUGUUCUCGUCACGAAUUGUUUUGCUCUCGUCGCGGAGGAACACGCAAGAAGCGGAAGCCACGGAACAAAGCCACAACGUAAACUCAACGCGCAGUGUGUAAGAUAUACAUAUAUACAUACACUAAAAGAUGUUUUCUUACAGCUUUAUUGCGUGAGAGAUAUAUGUAUGCAUUUACAGGGUGGCACCCUGCGUUCUUUAAAUCAUAUUACCAUCUUGUAAUUCCUUGUUCUUGCGGAUUUAUAAUACGGGCUGGAUAUUGUGCAAAGGAAUAUAUAACAAUGGAUGAGGGAUUUAUGAAGUAAUCUCUCUCUCGCUCUCUCUCUCUCUCUCU